AUGAGUCUAAAGCGUAAAGCAGCGACAGCGGCCACCGACGCGUCCAAAAAGCCCAAGCAGAAUGGCAGCAUUACCGCCUUCUUUGGCGCGCCAAAACCCAAUCCCAAUUCGCCAGCUAAACAAAGUGCUGCGGCUGCAAAGUUCGACAAAGAUGCAUGGGUUGCCAAACUCACAGACGAGCAGAAGGAGCUUCUGCAACUUGAGCUAGACACGCUACACGAGAGCUGGCUGCCGCAUGUCAAGGAUGUGCUGCUUACUCCACAGUUCCUCGAAUUGAAGAGAUUCUUGAAGAAAGAGCUGGAUAGUGGGAAGACUGUAUACCCGCCGAUGCAGGACGUGUACUCAUGGUCGCGUCAUACACCCCUCAACACCGUCAAAGUCGUCAUCACAGGCCAAGACCCUUACCACGGUCCUAACCAAGCUCACGGCCUCUGCUUUUCCAUCCGUCCACCGAACCCUGCGCCCCCGUCACUCCAGAAUAUCUACAAGGCCCUGAAGAAGGAGUACCCAGACUACAAGCCACCCCCAAACAGGGGCGGUCUUCUAACGCCAUGGGCUGACCGUGGUGUUCUGCUCAUCAACACUUGCCUUACUGUCCGUCGUGGUGAAGCAAACUCACAUUCAGGCAAAGGCUGGGAGCUUCUCAUGCAAAAGGUCAUUGAUACUGUUGCGAAGGUACGGACAAAUGGUGUCGUCUUUCUGGCUUGGGGCUCGCCGGCACAGCAAAGGACCAAGGGCAUACCGGUUGACAAGCACCUCGUGUUGAAGAGCGUGCAUCCCAGCCCACUGAGUGCCGCGAGGGGUUUCUUCGAUGCUGGUCAUUUCAGGAAGUGCAAUGCAUGGUUGGAGCAGCGUUAUGGCAAAGAUGGCGGCAUUGACUGGGACCUGAACGUUGAUACCCAAAAAACUGAGCCUGAAAAGACUGAGCCCAAAAAGAUUGAGGUCGAAAAGAUUGAGGCCGAAAAGACUGAGCCCGAAAAGACUGAGUCUGAAAAGACUGAGCUGUAG